AUGAGUAAACUUUUUCUUACAGGUGGAAUUCCUAAAAGAUAUAACCUGCCUAACAAGUGAGGAAAGGAACCCGCUCAGCUCAGAGAACAGAGUGUUCUGGCAGUCCCUGCAUGAUAGAGAGGACCUGCAAGCAGACGGCACAGUGCUGUUUACCCUGAAGAAGCGAGUGUGUGUGCUGGAAAGCGCUGACCGUCCUAAUGGACCGCAUGGAGCUGCAAAAAGUCAACAUCGAACCUGAUGACCAGAGCAACAGUGGGGAAAGCCUCGAAGACAACUACACAGGGCCGGCUGAUUCGGAAAAGGCUGCAAUCAGCAGUCCCUUUGCUAGUGAUGAUGCAGAAAGUCAGAAGUUCCUUACAAAUGGCUAUCUGGAUAAAAAGAAAUUGGAAGACUAUAAUGAAGAAUAUCACAGCGGUAGAACUUCCUUUGGAAUGUCCUCGUUCAACCUCAGCAAUGCCAUUAUGGGCAGCGGCAUCUUAGGGCUCUCCUAUGCCAUGGCCAACACAGGAAUUAUCCUUUUCAUAGUUUUGCUGCUCAGCGUAGCAAUAUUGUCACUCUACUCGGUCCAUCUUUUACUGAAGAUAUCUAAAGAAGGAGGAUCGUUAAUAUAUGAAAAACUGGGAGCAAAAGCAUUUGGCUGGCCUGGGAAGUGUGGUGUUUUCAUUUCAGUCACAAUGCAGAAUAUUGGAGCAAUGUCAAGCUACCUCUUUAUUAUUAAAUAUGAACUUCCUGAAGUCAUCAGAGCAUUUAUGAAACUUGAGGAGAAUUCUGGAGAAUGGUACCUUAAUGGGAACUACCUCGUCAUACUUGUGACAGUCGUGAUUAUUCUCCCCCUCUCCCUCCUCAAAAGCUUAGGUUAUCUUGGUUAUACGAGUGGGUUUUCGCUGACGUGUAUGGUUUUCUUUGUCAGUGUGGUGAUCUUCAAGAAAUCCCAAAUACCCUGUCCUCUUCCCAUCAUGGACCACGGGGUGGAAAACUGGACCGCCACCAAUGGCACAGUGCCAAUGCACCUGGUCAUGUUAUCAAAUGAGUCACUCAGCUCUGGUGUGAAUUUCAUGAUGGAUAACACAGCUGGGCACUUCCCAAGCCUUGAGGAGCCAAAAGAUACCUCCCCAAAAAGCGGUGUAGAGUACGAAGCGCACAGUGACAAUAGUGACAAGUGCCAGCCAAAAUACUUUGUGUUCAACUCACGGACUGCCUAUGCAAUACCCAUCCUGGCAUUUGCAUUCGUAUGCCACCCUGAGGUGCUACCAAUAUACAGUGAACUCAAAGAUCGCUCCCGAAAGCGGAUGCAGAAUGUCUCAAAUAUCUCCAUCACUGGCAUGCUUAUCAUGUAUCUUCUGGCUGCCCUCUUCGGAUACCUCACCUUCUAUGGGGAAGUUGAAGAUGAGCUACUUCAUACAUACACUAAAGUGUACACCUUCGACACCCUUCUGCUGUCAGUGCGCCUGGCAGUGCUGGUGGCUGUAACCCUGACCGUGCCCCUUGUCCUUUUCCCUAUCCGUUCAUCUAUCAGUGCGUUGCUGUUUCCCAAAAGGCCGUUCAGCUGGAUAAGACAUUUCCUGAUUGCAGCAGUAAUUUUGGCUUUUAAUAAUCUGCUUGUAAUUUUUGUCCCAACUAUUAAAGACAUUUUUGGAUUUAUCGGAGCCUCUUCUGCUACAAUGUUGAUUUUCAUCCUUCCUGGUGCCUUCUACCUGCGAAUUGUUAAGAAGGAACCCCUGAGGUCUCCCCAGAAGAUUGGGGCUCUUAUUUUCCUCAUAGCUGGCAUAAUCUUCAUGAUUGUGAGUAUGACUCUUAUUGUAAUGGACUGGAUUUACCAUCCCCCAAGUUCAAGACAUCAUUAACCUGUGAAGACAACCCACUGCCUUUUAUAAUAUAAAUAUUUGUAUUGUGUGCUCUGAAGAACAUCUAAAUGGGAUUGUUAUUCCUAGCUAGUAACUGCAGUACUUUGAAGACAGUUUCUGGUAAGGUCACAAGAACCCAAUGGAGUCUACAACAUCCUUGUCAAUAAGGAUAGUUAUUUAUGCAUUAGGAAUCUGAGCUUAGCAUUUCUGGCCAGGUGAAAUGAAAAGUGUGGUGUGAAUCCUUUCUAUUUUCAAAACCAAAAUAACUUUGUACAUAGUCCUCAAAAAUAGCUUGGUGUCACCCCUUUCAAAAUCUCCCACGAUGUAACCGCAGUUCCUAGAGCCUUGGAAAGGUAAUGGCCAGAAACCAGCCAGUGCCUUGUUUUCCAUCUGAAGAUCAUGGGAGUGGCUGCCCAGGUCCAAGAGAAAGGGUAUGGUUUCUGGAGGGGAUCUGGAAGGUGACUCCUCCCUGCCUGAUUGACUGACCUGCCUAUCAGAAAAACAGUGGCUUUGGCAAGCCAGUGGACAAAGAUGAGUGUUAGAUUUGUUGCCCAGAUUCGUCACCCAGCUGUUGUACAGAAUAAAGCUCUCUGAUUCUCUGUUGGGGCACAUGCUUGAAGAACAGUAGAGUAUUCUCAUUUUGUUUUUAAAGAUGCCUGUGCUGGAAAUAUCAGUCAUUUCUGCUGUAGGGGUUUUUUUGUUCUUUAAUUUUUAAUUAUUGUGAGAGCUUACAUCACUGAACAAGUUGUAUCCUCCAUAAAAACUUGUCUUCCACUUUCACAGGAAUUUAAGGAGACCACAAGGUGUGACAAAGCACCCUAUCCAGUAUUGUUCAGUACUUGUGUAUUUGAUAAAUGUUCAGUGCAGGAAACUGUAAUUUGCUAUAUAUAAAAAUAUAUGUAUUUAUGUACAUAAUUUUUGUUUUCCUCUCGUCAUAAAAAUGUUACCCUGGGGUACAUGAUUUUUGAUUUUUUUUUAAUGUGUCACUCUGUUUUCGUAGCCACACACUUAAUAUUGUUUUGAAGGAAACAUAUUGAAUUGGUGGGUUUGUAAAAGGUUCAUUUUUAUUCACCAGUGGUUGAAAUAAACCUGUAGCAAGCCCUAACAUCUACCUGUGUAAAAGCACAUUCAUAUGUUUACUAUUUACAUUAUAAUAAAUCUCGAGAUGUUUUUGUCUUGAGAAUUUUUAAUGCA